UAUCGUCUGGUGUUAACGGUCAGACCGAGGUGUACCGAAGAAACAAGAUGUCAGCGCCCAUGCGGCUAUGGAUACGCCAAGGAAAAACAUAGUACGUACAAUUAGAAAAUGUGUUACCUGUGCCAGUGAGCAAAAGCGUUUGCAUAAUCUCAAUAACAACAAGGCCAGAAAUUUGAAUGUGCAUACCGUUCUAUCCCAGUUGAUUUCUCUAGACAUUCCCAGCUCUUUAUUUGAUAACAUUUUCAUUUGUGAUUCUUGUAUCGUUUUUCUUGAUAAGUUUUCUAAAUUUCGUCAAGUUGCUGUCGAGUGUGUUUCUAAUUUAAAUAAAUCAGCUGACUUUAAAAGAUGUGCGAAAACUCCACCAUCAGCUCUGAAAUUGACAGUAGCAGAGAGAUUAGAAAGGUCUGUAGAGAAGUUAAAGAGGUUGAAAAUCAGUGAUGAUGUUAGGCCUAUAGAAAGAAAAUCUAGUUCUAAACGCAGAAUACAGUUUACUCAACCUACUCCUAAAGAUGAUAAAGAAAACUGUGAGCCCGGCAGUGACAAUGAUCUUUUGUUUGACCACUCGUAUAGAAAACCACCUGUAUCUUUUGGUAUUAGUAAUGACUUUGACGUCGGAUCUGUGCUUGAUGACUGCCUUGACUGUACAAAGGAUGAUAGUUUUCUUAAAAACUUGGACAGAGAACUCGAACAGUUAUGUGCACCAGGGUGCAGCGUGCUAUUUAAGAAGAGUCCAUUAUACCUGAAAGUACCUCAUUAUUUUGAGAGUGUGAUAGCGGAGAUGUCUAUUCAGUGUCCAGAUUUAUUGAAAAUCCUCACAGUUGCGUUAGGGAGUAAAAUUGGACUACCCUCCAGGAUGGCAACCAUUUCUACAGUAUAUGGCAUGAUUCUACAUAGCAGAAACAAUCAGGUGUCGGGGAUACAGAGGCUGUACACUGCAUUGGCAGUGAGGUACCAUGCAGACAAUAAGGUAUAACAUGGUUAUAUAAUUGACAUAUAAAAACAGUUUAAAAGUUGAGUUAUUGAAUUUACCAUCACAUACAUUUUUGAUGGCAUGUCAAAUUGUAAGACUACAUAUUAUAAUUACAGGAAAUAUUUUAAAAAAUUGCUGAAUCGAUUACACAAAAUUACCCCAAGUAAUCAAUUAUACUGUUCAGUGUAAUCAUGGCCCAUCACUGUGGCAUAGUGAUAGAAAUAUAGUCGAACAUGUCCUAAAGGUUACCUAUAAGGCUAUAACAGGUGGCCUUUAUAUUUAUAGACAGGUUUUAGUUAUAAAAUAGAGUAUUUAGGUAACCUUUAUUUAAAAUAAUUUCGGUAAUUAUAAUUAAUAUGUAGUCUUACAAUUUGAUAUUCCAUCAACAUGGUACCCCACCGUCAAUGCAGUGUACAGCCUCUGUAUCACCGACAUCUGCUUGUUUCUGCUAUGGAGAAGCAUGCCAUGAUUGUAGAAAUGGUUGCCAUCCUGGAGGGAAGUCCAAUUUUAUUCCCUAACACAACUGUGAGGGGAAGUAAUCCGGUAAUACUCUCCCAUUAGCUUAGGUCAGCAGUAGUGUCAUUGUUAAACCUGAAUUUGAAGGGUGAAGCGGUAUGCAAGUAUAAACUAGUACAUCUGUAUAUUGUUAUAUUUUAUAAAUGGAUCAAAAUCUACUGUAACUAACAGAGGAAAUGCUCACAAAUAAGCCCCCUAUCAGCUUUUAGUUAUUUGGGAGAGGGUUUAUUUGAGGACAAGUUCAUACAUUACAAAUAUUAUAGACAUGGAUUUAUGUCAUAUAAUUGCCAUUAUGCAGUGUAAUAAAGCCAUUACCGGUACAUAAAUUUUGUUAUAGACAUGUUGCUAUGACGUCACAUUAACAAUGGAUUCUUGACCAGAUAUAUGGUGGGAAAUAUGUCAGCAACUAUAAACUCAUAUCUGAAAUCCGCUAUAAAUGGAACUCAUGACAGAUCCUCUAUUUAUGCAUGAUCUACUAACACAUUUAUUACUGUUCUAACUUUUUUGUUGCAUUAAUGAAUUGUUUUGUUCAGUUUGUUUUUAUUUUAUUUUACAGUAGUCAGUACAACAGAAUUUGCUAUGCCUGCCGUGUUGAUUACUCACACGUCUGAACAAGGUCCAUCUAACUCUAACAGAGGAUUCCAAACGAAAUAUCAUUGACAGUUUCGGCAAAGAAAGUGAAAGUGGUCUCCUUGAACAGUUGGCACAUGGUCAUGAUGGAAAGCUCAAUGGUGACAAUCUAGACAUCAGGGUCAACACCAACGAUGUGAGGAUGAACAAUCAUGACAAGGACUAUCAUUUCUUUGCUACCGAUUUUACCUUGGAUCGCGUUGAAUUGAAAGGACUAAAUACAGAAACUCCCCAAGUUGGUGAUGUGCCAGUCACUUGUUUUAUUCCUUCUGACAACGAGAAAGACCUGUUCAAAAACACUUUGAAAAUCCUUUUGGCAAGGGAAAUGGUAACUGUUCCUGGAUUUGAGUGGAUGAACAGCAUACUACCAGAUCACAUUCCACACGAACUUGAAGAUGACAUGGCCAAGAAAUCUGAGAUAUUUCUCCUUCCAGUAUCCCUAAACAACGAGAUUUCAUACUCGGACUGUGUUCACAUCCUGGAUGAGUACACCGAGAUAACCAACCACUGGUAUUCAGCAGCUGGCAGAGGAGGUGAAUUGGAUAAUCUCCAGAUUCCAGUAGGUGGUGAUCAGCUGACAAGAGUCCGAUUACAAGGUGCUAAAGGAUUGAGAGCAGGAGCACGAACAGCAGAGCAGAGGUUUGAAAGGCUCUAUCCAAUGGUGGUGGAAAUGUUUCAUGUACUUCAAGAUUUCUUGGAGAAGCUGUGCAAGAAAUUCCUGAAUUUGUCUAAAGGACGGGAUGCAGGAACCUUAGCCAAUAUGAAGUGCCAGAUUCAACGGUCCAAUGUAAAUGGGAAAGUUAAGAGUCGAUUCAAAGCACAUGAAGACUUUGUGCUGACAUGUGGCCACAGCUAUUUCAUUGCCUACAUCAUGAAGCAUUUCAACAUCACAGAUGGGAAACCAAUGCACCAUGCCCUUCCUGACAAGAUCCGCAGCUUCAUCAAUGCCAAGAAGAGAGAAGUUUUUAACAACAUUAUGGAUGAAGUUGUGGCAGAGAUAAUCAUACCAUUUGAGCUGGAGGAACCAAUCACGGAUGAGAUGCACAUCCAGAUAUCCAUCAUGACGCAGCCACCAGUAGUAUUCACAACUGUGGCACGCCCCGACAAUGGUACUGUGAAUGUAGUGUUGGAUGUUGCAGGAAAAAAGGUAAUUGUGUCUCUCAAAGUGGACACACUACUUCAUGGAUGUCGUGUUAACAUACCAGGAGUGACUGCACCCAUCAAGUUCGUGACAUUUAAACCACCGAAACUUGAGGAUGAUCUCAACAACUAUGUGGUGAAUUUCAUGCAGUGGUAUUUUAUUAUUCUGCAAAUGAAAGAUGCUUUGCACGAGGGAGACAUAUACAGAAUCAAUGUCAUUCUCAAGCAGAUGAUUCCAUUUUUCUACAGUCAUUCUGCUAUGUCGAAAUAUCUAACUGAGUGCAUAGACUAUAUCUUAAAAACAGAACACACUCUAUCACAACAAAUGUCAAUGAAAGUAAGGGCAGCUUCUGUUGUAAAUCCGACCGGUGGUAUUGGAAAUAAUAAGGCUGCAGACCUUCAAAAGGAAAAUGAAGUCAAGUAUUUGAAGGAACUUAUUCGUGGCCUGGGUGCUAACAAAACCGAGAAGGCUAUUGUUAAUGUCACCAGGGCAGCACCAGUAAUAGCGAGUGUGUGUGAUGCCUUUGACGAGCAGACAAAGGUAAAGAACCUGAAGUCAACACACAAGGUCCGUAGUAGGUCAGAUGACACAAGUGCUCUGUUGAAAACACUACAGAAAUUGGAUAUUUGGAGUAUUCAUGGUGGACGUCAGUUGCAACAGAAAGUCAAGCGUUCUCCAUUCGAUUUUCACAGAAGUCAUUUCAAAGGCAUCAUUAAAAACACUAUAAAGAGGUUGUAAAGAGAUCUGCCUGCUAUCCAUGAGGACAGUGACAAAUCUGACAGUGAUGAUGAAUAGUCAAUCUGUUGCGGGUUUUAGUCAUACACGAAUGUAGAUUGUUCAGUAAAUGGUUUUUUUGGUGAUCAUUUGAGAAAAUAUCCAACCAAUUUUAAUAACAUUUUCUUUUAGGAGACAAGUAAAAUUUCAGGGUUUUGACGUCAUUAUUCGCAAUAACAGAUACAUCAUAUUUAUCCAACAAUAAGCCCAUACCGUGUAAUAAGCCCACCCAUGUGAAAUACAUUUCAGUAGAAAUGCUUACAAGUGCUAUUUCAUUGUAUUGUAAUAAGCCCACCCCCUACUUUGAGUCAAGAGUUUAGGUGUUGGACCCCUGGGAUUAUUGCAGGAUAAAUAUGGUAUGCAUAUACACUAUAUAUACAAUAAUGUAUAUAUGUAUUGUAAUGUCAGGAUGCAAAAUUUCAGAGGAAAAUAAUUGCCAAAAAGUCUAUUGAUCAAACAAGCUGGACAGAGAGUAAAGGCUAACAGCAUUACUGUUUAGCUCUAUAGUUCAUCACUAUCAUCCUAAAAUAGGAUAAGUGUACAUGUUUUUUUCCUUACUAUGUACAGUGUAUAGGUUACAUCUAUUGAAGUGUUCAGCUGCUAUUCAGUCCCACAUCAGCUU